UGGUCCAUGGGAAAUUCUUGGCGGAAUUCUUGAAUCUCGCCAAAAGAUGACUGGGGAGUUUGAUGUAGUUGCGACGGAGUUUAAGUUCAAUAUAGACAAAAUACCGCAGUUAACUCUGCAUAAUGUGUGACUAACUGCGGGUAAAUAUGCCCUACCGUAGGACAUGUACCGACAAAACCAGGGAGGAAGGAGUUGAAAGCGAUUUACACCAACUUGAACUGCGCAAAUCGAAAAUAAACAGACUGAAGCGAAGCCCCAAACCACCGUCACAGCCACCACGCACGGUGGACAUCUCAGACAUUUCACAACCAGAGUUCAAGACACCUACCCGCCCUGUAAGAAGCAAAUUUGGCCGUUUGAUCAGUAAGGAAUCGCCUUGCAAUGAUUCCGAAAAUCAACACGAUAUCGUCUGGGACCAGAGUUCGCCGUCUCCCAUCCGGAAAGAUGGAGGAAUGCGUAGGGGAAGAGGACGGAGAAAUGACAUUUACGUCGGAAAAACAGACGUAACUGAUCUAGUCAGUCGGAUAGCUCCUAAGAACUCGAGACCACUGGAUUCAGCAGAGUCUGAGCUGCAGUGGAUUGGAGCAAGUGGCAUCCCUUGCACUCCCGAGCUGUCCCAACCAAGGACGAGGACGAAGGUCAACAAGAAGGACACCGUUGACCAUCUCAAGGAGCUGGCCAAGCAGUUUGACUUCCAGCUGAUCCGAUGUGAGCGGCCCGUCCAGAACCAGAGCCAUGCAGCUCAGCCCGCAGACCUGGACGCUGAAGACGUCGAUCUUUUCGCCGACGAAAACGAGGCUCCUCCCCCGGACCCCUCGUCGGCGUCCGGAGCCGUCAGGGUCCUGUCCAUCGAUCAGGACAUGGAGGAGGACGGCGACGAUGACGCUCUGUUUAACGAGCUGUUCGACGGGCCCACGGUGAGCAUCGAGAACGGACUCAGCCAGCCUCUGUCCGGGAACGCGUCCCAGAACGCGAAGCCCGCCGCCGUGUCCACCUCACAGCGUCCCAGAAACGCCCCGGCCGCAGGAAGCUCCUCGGACGUGAGGACGCGCAGCCACACACCGGUGGUCUCCGCCGGUACGACGCAGGUCUCUACUGCCGCCCCCGUGGAUACUGUUGGUGGGUUUGACGACGACUGGGAGGACGACGGUCUCCUUGACGACUCCAUGGUGAUGGAUAUGACCCAGCAGCCGGAGCUCUUUGCUCCGCCCAAACACUGUUCCACGCAAAAGGCCGUCCCCGGGCCGCAGAAGGUUCCGACUGGCGCCUCGGGCCCCACAAACGUUCCAAGCCAGAACCGUCAGUAUGGUGGCAGCAGUGGCAGUAGAGGUUUCGGUUUAUCUCAGGUUCAGACAGCGGCGUAUAAAAGCGGGCAGACACUUACGCCACCAGGAGUGGACGCCAGUCGCCAACUCCGAUCGUCAUCCGUCGGCGUAGGAUUGCCUAGCAACAACAGGAGCGGCUUACGAAGCGCCGGGCCUGCUCCGUCUGUGGCGCGCGGCUCCUCGGACCUCCCACACAAACCCCACAGCCAACCAGCGGCUGCAGCACCUGCAGCUGUGACCCAGCCCCUCGUGAGGACCAAGGCCCACGCCACCGGAGCACAGCCCUACCCGGCACCCCAGAGACCCACCCCAGCCACCGGAACACAGCCAUGCCCGGCACCCCAGAGACCCACUCCAGCCACCGGAACACUGUCCUACCCGGCACCCCAGAGACCCAGUCCAGCCACCGGAACACAGUCAUACCUGGCACCCCAGAGACCCAGUCCAGCCACCGGAACACAGUCAUACCUGGCACCCCAGACACCCACCCCAGUCACUGGAACACAGUCAUACCCGGGCCCACAAAGACCCACCCCAGCCACCGGAACACAGUCAUACCUGGCACCCCAGAGACCCAGUCCAGCCACCGGAGCACAGCCCUACCUGGGCCCACAAAGACCCAGUCCAGCCACCGGUGCUCAGUCGAAGUCAUUGCAAGCGCCCGCGUGGGCGAAGCAACCGGUGAAGGCUGCAGCCUCAGCGGAAGAGAAGCCCGCAGGUGGACUAGUCGGCGGGGAGGCCGAUAUCCCGGACGACGACCUAGAUCUGUUCUUCGCCUCGGACGCCGGGUGGGACGACGACGCGGACGACGACGAUUUGCUCUGCGAGGCGUGCGAUGACGUGGAGUGUGCCGUGCCGCCGGCGGCAGCGGCGGCGGAACAACAAGCGUUCGCCGACGGUCAGGUGCUGAGUCGGACGCAACGCCAGACCGCCACCCCUUCACCUGUGGCCUCAGUGGGAAACGCUGGACUUAGAGCCCCCUAUCAGAGCAGAGCGGCCAAUACUUUGGCCCAACCUGUUCCACCGACCAAAACAGCGUAUAGUAGUACAUCAGGAAAUAACGCGCUGGCUAAGAGUGUGCCUUCGACGAACCAAAGGACUGGGGCUGUAGUCGCUGGGAGUUCCAGUGCUCAGUACCAAAGGAACGCCAUGAGGCCACCCAGUGCUUCUGCUGGCGCAGGGCCUACUUCCUUUGGAGGCUCCUCCCACCACACCUCCACAGCCAAUAACAUGGGAGGUGUGAGUUCUAAUACUCAGAGUGGCCAAUCCUCGUUCGGUAGCGUUGGCCAAAGGAACUCUAUGAUGAGACCACCGGGUACUACCACCAGUGUGGAACCUCAGAGGCUCACGCACAGCAAAGAGACCACUUCCUUUGGAGGCCCCUCCCACCACACCUCCACAGCCAAUCAGCUGGGAGGUGUGAGUUCUAAUACUCGGAGUGGCCAAUCCUCGUUCGGUAGUGUUGGCCAAAGGAACUCUAUGAUGAGACCACCAGGUACUACCACCAGUGUGGAACCUCAGAGGCUCACGCACAGUAAAGAGACCACUUCCUUUGGAGGCUCCUCCCACCACACCUCCACAGCCAACCAGCUGGGAGGUAAAGGAGGAGCCAUGGCUGGCUCCAACCAAUCGGCUGUGAGAAUGGGUGGCGGCAGUAGUACCCAGUAUACUUUCAAGAGGCCGACAAACAGCAGCACCAGCUGUUUCACAGGGACCACACAAGCUCCCGUUUCUUACCCCGCCAACCCACGGUGUUCUGAGGCCGAGAUCGAGCGCAAGAAGCAGGAGGCGCUCGAGAGGCGGCGGCUCCGAAUGCUCGCCACGCAGAACCAAAACCAGAACCUCCGAGCCCCGUGCUAAGUUCCGGAUCCGGUUCCAAAAAAAAACAGAUCCAGUUCUAAACGUUUCUCUCAACGCAGUUUGAUAAGAUACGUGAGGAUAUGUGUAUAUGUGUAAAUGUAUGUAUAAGAUGUAUACGUUGCUUUACAUUGGCCUUACAUUGUGUUGUAUUGGAAUCUUGAUUGCGAUCGACAUUAGCGGACGUUGCACUAAAUGACAUCGCUGGCUUGAUGAGAUUGCAUGGCUUGGCUUCACAUUGCAGUUGCACACAGUCUUCAAUGGCACGCUCUCCAACAAAAACGGUUGCAAUUGAUUGUAGACUGAGCAGCUUUUUACUGUGCAUGGUUAAAACCAAAACUCUGCAACAGGCCUUGUUAGAAGUUUAUGAUAUACAUUAUUAUUAUUAUCAUUAUUAAUACCGAUUAUGGACAGGGUAGCAUUUAUGAAGUUAUGAAUGUUUACACGUUUAUUAAAACCUUAGGCAGGAAUGGGAAAUUUUGGAUGUUCAUAAUUCUGUCAUUUUCAUAUUUCUUGAUUACAUUGUUUGUUACAUUAGAGGCAUCUGCUGUCCUUGGUUUUUCACGAGACACCUGAUUUGUGCGUUUAUGGGAUGGCUGUUGUGGUCUGUCUUCAAUAUUUAUGUCUGUUAUGUUCUCCAUCAAUGUUAUAUUUUGCCUCACCAUAAACAAGUGAGUUGGCCUAUGCUCUUGAUUUCUUUCGAAAUUGUUUAUUUAUUGAAUGGGAAUAGGAUGAGAUUUUAAAAAAUAUUUGUGUUUGAAUAAAUGCCAUGAACCAUA